AUUUUGCUGAUUUGGCAAAAAAAAAAAAAAACUGUUGCGUGUGGCAGAGAUGUCAUGCUGCGUUGGAUGUGUGAGCAUACUAGAAAGGACCGCGUGAGGAAUGAGACAAUCAGACAAAGGGUGGGAGUAGCACCUAUUGAAGAUAAGAUGCGGAAGUUGCGCCUACGGUGGUUUGGUCAUGUGUAUAGAAGACCGGGUGAUGCAUCUGUCAGACGAGUUGAGAUGUGUGGAGAAGAGGCAGGAAAGAGAGGGAGAGGAAGGCCCAAACAGACGUGGGUUAGAGGAGUCAGAAAUGGUAUGCUUCUUCUUGGAUUGGAUGAGAGUAUGACGUUGGAGAGAGCAAAAUGGAGGGCGGGUAUUCGUGUGGAGGAGUGAUCUUGUAUCAUCUUUUCCCUCUUUUUUUCUUAUUUCUUAUCCUUUUAUCCUUAUACAUAAAUAUUAUUUUUAUCCUUUUUUUAUUUUUAUUUUUUAUAUGUAUAUUCAUCUCUUUUAUAUUAUCUUUUUAUAAUAGCUUAUCUUUUUUAUCUUUAUUUUUUUUCUUUUCCUUUUGUUGAUAUCAUGUAUCGAUUCAUGUUAGCCGAG